GAGAAAAGACCAUCUUCGACUUUCAGGCCAUUGAUGACGCUGAAUCUCUAAAUAUCUCCCAAAUCCUUUGCUUCCACCAGUUUAGCUUCUUCUCCAACCGAAACAUCCAAAAUUUUCCGGCGAGCGUUCGCGGCGGAUAUGGAAAUUAGUGCUCCCCAAAGCGAUUGCAGUAGAAUGGACGGGUGGCUCUAUCUGGUGCGCUCCAAUUCGAUCGGGCUUCAGUACUCCCGCAAAAGAUACUUCGUUCUUCAAGAUCACUUGCUCAACAGUUACAAAUCCAUACCCGACUCCAAAAACGAGGAUCCUGUCAGAAGUGCAGUUAUUGAUUCCUGCAUUCGGGUGACGGACAACGGGAGAGAAAAUAUAAAAAGAAGGGACAUUUUUGUUUUCUCUCUUUAUAAUACUUCAAAUCAUAAUGAUCAGCUCAAGUUGGGAGCAACCAGUCCUGAGGAAGCUGCGAGAUGGAUUCAGGCUAUCCAAGAAGCAGCUUUGAAGGCAGAAACAAACCGGGGAAAUGCAUUGGAUUUCCCAGUGCACGACUCACAGUCUUUAAGGUCUCGUCGCCAAACUUCAGUUGACUGGACUUAUUUUUCUUCAUCAACUACAGAUGCGAGAUCUGAUGUUGUUGCAUCCUCUUCUUGGACAAUCUUUGGUUGUAAGAAUGGACUACGGCUGUUUAAAGAAACUAAAGACAGGGAAUCUCAAAAGAGGUGGGAUGACAAUCCAGCAAUAAUGGCUGUUGGAGUAGUUGAUGGAACUUCAGAGGCCAUUUUUCAAACACUCAUGUCUCUUGGUCCUUCAAGAUCAGAGUAAUUUUCAUAUCACACUAUCACAGUGCAUAACUUCAUAUAUGGUGACUUAUAUGCCAAGGCUUAAUGGCCUC